AUGUGGACGUCACUCUCUGCUCUGACCAUGUGGACGUCAUUCUCUGCUCUGACCAUGUGGACGUCACUCUGCUCUGACCAUGUGGACGUCACUCUCUGCUCUGACCAUGUGGACGUCAUUCUCUGCUCUGACCAUGUGGACGUCACUCUCUGCUCUGACCAUGUGGACGUCACUCUCUGCUCUGACCAUGUGGACGUCACUCUCUGCUCUGACCAUGUGGACGUCACUCUCUGCUCUGACCAUGUGGACGUCACUCUCUGCUCUGACCAUGUGGACGUCACUCUCUGCUCUGACCAUGUGGACGUCACUCUCUGCUCUGACCAUGUGGACGUCACUCUCUGCUCUGACCAUGUGGACGUCACUCUCUGCUCUGACCAUGUGGACGUCACUCUCUGCUCUGACCAUGUGGACGUCACUCUCUGCUCUGACCAUGUGGACGUCACUCUCUGCUCUGACCAUGUGGACGUCACUCUCUGCUCUGACCAUGUGGACGUCCCCCUCUGCUCUGACCAUGUGGACGUCACUCUGCUCUGA